UCGCCCCGUUCACCGUAUAAUUAGACGGGGAACGAGAGGUGUGGACGUAGAGGGUGACACUGACACGUUGCACAUGAGUGUGCAGAGGAAGGGAUGCUAAGACCCAUUCCAGUCGCAGAGGGAUGAAACCGAAGGGGGUCAAAUGAGCCGAUAGCAUCAUAUAACUCUGAAAAUGGUCGCGUCCAAUUUCUUCCACUGGAGUUGAGUUGACCUGAACUCCCCUGACUUUGCGACGUCGAUGAGCAGGCGGCGCACUGGUCGUGAACUCAAGGAUCUCUUUCUGAGCAGUAUUCGCAGCAGCAGCAGCAGCAGCAGCAUGCAGGGGACAGUGUGAGUUACCACUCGCACUGAUGAGCUCAGAUCACCUCCACGUGUCCACCCGGUGGGCGAAUUCUCUCUACUUUGUUUGCGGUGGAUUCAGUGAUCUGUGCUGGUCGAUGAGCAGGGCUACUCAGAAUUGAGGCCAGUGAGCAAUUGUGUCCAACAGGGUUCUGGAAUUAAGGGUUUAAGCUGCUGAUGGGAUGCAGUGACGAUCGUUGUCAAGUCUGGUGACGUAGCACGAUUGUGCCAUGGAUGCAUUGAACGCUACAGAUGACAUCAGUCAGGUGGUAAUUCUCUUGGAGGCAAAUCCCUAUUUUUGGGGAGGUCGAAGCAAUGGGGCACAUUCUACGGGACCUGCAAAUUUCACGUUUGACCGGUUUCUGGAACAUGUGCUCCUCUUCAUCAACUCCCUUCAUCUUCUAAAUCAAGCUAAUCGAAUCGUGGUUAUUGCGACCGGUGCAACUUCCUGUGCAUAUUUGUACGAUUCCAACGCAGCCGAACUAUCAGAAAAUGCUCGAACUGCUAGAGUUUCCAAGAAACUAUCAGUGGUGGAAAAGAUUACCCAAAAGCUGGAGGACUUUAUGUCAAAGGAGGCCGUUUAUGACUUGAACCAGGGAACGGAGGAUAAUCGAUAUUCUCUGCUCUCUGGUUCUUUAUCAAUGGCACUUUGCUACAUUCAAAGGAUUUUGCGCGGACCAUCUCCUCAUCCUCUUCCGAGGAUUUUAUGUUUGCAGGGUACACCUGAUGCUCCACCGCAGUACAUUGCCGUGAUGAACGCAAUUUUCUCUGCCCAACGUAGUCUGGUGCCAAUCGAUGCAUGUAUCGUGGGAAAUCAUCACUCAGCAUUUCUUCAGCAGGCCACACACAUUACAGGGGGUAUUUACAUGAAGCCGCCUGCACCGGAAGGCCUAUUCGAGUAUCUUUCUAUGGUGUUUGCAACUGAUCUAUACUCAAGAAAGUUUUUGCAACUUCCUCGUGCAAGUGGCGUUGACUUUCGUGCCUCGUGCUUCUGUCAUAAGAAGUCUAUCGACAUGGGUUUCGUAUGCUCUGUGUGCUUGUCUAUAUUUUGCAAGGGUCAGCGAACGUGCACGACUUGCAAUGCAAUUUUUGCUCCUAGUAAGCAGCCCAACCCUGCUGCUGCCGCUGCACAGAAGCGAAAAGUUUCCUGAGCAGCACGAAAAGUUGGGCUUCUCUGUCUGGUUUUGAUACAAACCUGAGAGAGAAAAGGGUUUACUCCACAGAGGUCUGUCUCCGAAUUUAAGAUUGUGAAAAUAUCACACAUUGUCCCAGAGACGUGAUUGAAGGUUUCUCAGGUUAUGAAUAUUCUGAUUAGAAUCCGGCUAGGAUUUUUCUAGGAAUCGCUCAUUUUGGAGGACAUGCUUCCCAGUUAACAUUUGCUAGUCAUACCUUGCGUAAUUCCUUGAGAAGAGAGCUCAGUUCUCAAGCAUAUGUGCCUUUACAUCAGAUCAGACUGUGAUCUUCGGGAAUUAUAGGCACAACACAUUUUCUAGGAUGAACUGCGCAUGAUUUUCACUUCAUCGAUAGAAUUUCUAUUUAUCACCAGAUCGAUCAUUUUCUCUUGGAUCGACUGCUCCAAAGAAGGAUCUCUGCUUGACGGAAAAUGUCUACAAAGAGAUAGUGGAUUUUUGCCACUUUCGAGAAUGUAAUCCUCUCCUGUACGGAAUCUGAUCCACUUGGAAUCUAAAGAGAAAGUAGCCUUUUAGUCACAACAAUGGAUAAGCGGCCUGUAAGACACUAGAGAGUCGCUGUAAUUCCACUUCCAUUGUGAGGUGAUGGUUACAUCGCUUGGGAAAUGAAACUGGUAGCAUUUUACGUUUGCAGGUGUCAUCAGGGUCCUAAUUCGGGCCCAGUAUAAUGAAUUGUG